AUGGUGACCUGUGAAUUGGACAAAGAAGUUUCGGGAGAGUUGCUUGGGUUGAAGUUGCCGGCAUGGCAAGCACUUCUGUUGCAUCGAGUGCUGCCCUCCUGCGGCGGCCUCAUCAUCUACAUAGUCCUAAUUUGUUAUGAUUUUACAAUCAUAGUCGAACAUUUUUUAAAUGGAAGUGAAGGAAUGGGAGUAUUUUGCACAAUCCUCAUAGGACUACCAUCACUGAUUGCACUGGUGUUCACGUUGGCGUCACCACCGCCUGGUUUCCGGCCUGAUUUGACAGCAUAUUCGGUGACUAUAGAGAAGAGCGACAUAAAAUGGCUGUUCUUACAGAUUGUUAACGCAAUCUUCUUUCCCAUUGCUGCAAUUGGAAGAUACUGCUACCUAAUAUUCUGGUGGGUGGAAGCCGUCAGUGCAUCUCGCAGUGAUGACGAGGAACGAACAAAAGAAGCCAUUCGAAUAGCUCGUGCCCCCUCUCCCGUAGAGCUGUACCUGUUCUUGCAAUCCUUCCUCCAUGCCGCUCCACAUGCUAUCAUCAACAUCCUUGAUUUGAUGGUUCGAUGGUCUGACAUGACUUACGAUAAAGUUUCAGUUCAAGCUAUUAGCAUUGUUGCAUCCACUCUCCGCAUGGCUAGUACGGUCACGAUGUACAGAAGAUUUGAAAGAGAAAAGAUAUGUGGACGCAAAUAUCCAUGGGGGACGGAAUUUUCGGAUCCAUUAUUGGAUAAAGACGACAAUGACAACGAUAAAGACCAACCUGAUGACGCAGAAGCGAACAAAACGACAUCAGUAGACGAAGAAACGAUUUACGAAUCGAUCAGGAAAAAGGACUCAAUCAUUUCAGACAAUUCAAACAACACUAAAUUCCGAAAUACGACUAGUGAUUUAAUAAAGUUCUCUCCAAGAAAUACUGUUGAGAUGUCUUCUGCGUUCUUCGACAACGAAGAACUUACAGAUUCAGAUACAAGCUCAGACUAUUUACCGCCUAAAAGAGAUAUUUCGGGAUCACAAGAAUUAAAUAGUGAUGACGAAUACAUAAGGCCAAUAACAAUAAUUGAUAGGGUUGCGCCCUUAAGACGAAAUACAGAUUACACUAUAGAGAAAGUAGAAAUAAUCCCGCCGCCCGUAAUGUUAGCUCCGAGACCGAUGUCAUUUGCCUUGUGGGCAGAGAAAAUGGUGGAAAAUGCGGAAUCUAUUCCUACCUGGCUAUCAGCACCACCAAGAAGGAAAUACUGCGAUGAAGUAGUCCGAGACGAGCCGGACAUCCCACGACGUGUACCAAGAUCCUUCAUACGAGGUCUUGAACCGCAAGACGCAACAGCAGCAAUAGUGCACUUCUUGGGAUGGUACUCGUUUUUUGUAGCCCGUCUGCUCUCUAUAGCAUGUUUCAUAAAUUUCUUCCCGUUUCUUGCCAUCAUAAUCCUGUUUUCGCACUACCAGGUGAUGUUAUUGUUCCUGAUAGUGCCACAAGCGAGUACCGUGAGGAGAGCGUUCUACAUAUUCCUCGCGUUCAUAUACUUAUUCUGCUUGAUGGAGUUUAAGAUACGUUUCCGGCACGUGCGUGUGUGGCAUGUGUUCUGGGUUAUAGUGUGUACUAUAGAGACCGUUGUGUUCACUGGCCUCUGGAUUUCUAUAGACAAUAUUGUGCACGAAUGGUGGAGAUAUUUUAUAGUCCAAGUGAUUGUAGUCAGUCUCAUGUUAAGCUACAUUUGUUUCCUUUUUUAUUUCGUAGUAUUACAGCCAAGAGAGACGAUUGUUUAUUUAAAAAAUAAUAAAAAUAAUGAGAAAAGUUAG